CAGGGCGGACAGGUGACGCCCUCGCGCGCUCUCGCACCCCGCAAUGGCUCAGAGGCCGGAGGAGCCGAGAGGGGAUGCGCCCCCGAUGGGAGAGGACAAGGCGGACGCGGAGGUGAAGCUCAUCCUCUACCACUGGACGCAUUCCUUCAGCUCUCAAAAGGUGCGCUUGGUAAUUGCUGAAAAGGCAUUGAAGUGCGAGGAACAUGAUGUAAGUCUGCCCUUGAGUGAGCACAAUGAGCCUUGGUUUAUGCGUUUGAACUCAACUGGAGAAGUGCCUGUCCUUAUCCACGGGGAAAACAUAAUUUGUGAGGCCACUCAGAUCAUUGAUUAUCUUGAACAGACUUUCCUGGAUGAAAAAACACCCAGACUGAUGCCCGAUAAAGAAAGUAUGUAUUACCCACGGGUCCAGCAUUAUCGAGAGCUGCUGGACUCCUUGCCGAUGGAUGCUUAUACACAUGGCUGCAUUUUACAUCCUGAGCUAACUGUGGACUCCAUGAUCCCAGCUUAUGCAACAACAAGGAUUCGCAGCCAAAUUGGUAAUACUGAGUCUGAACUCAAGAAGCUCGCUGAAGAAAACCCAGAUUUACAAGAGGCCUACAUUGCCAAGCAGAAGCGUCUUAAAUCAAAGCUGCUUGACCAUGACAAUGUAAAAUACUUGAAGAAAAUUCUUGAUGAGUUGGAGAAGGUUUUGGAUCAAGUUGAAACUGAGUUACAAAGAAGAAAUGAAGAAACCCCAGAAGAGGGCCGUCAGCCUUGGCUCUGCGGAGAGUCCUUCACCCUGGCAGAUGUCUCGCUUGCUGUCACCUUGCAUCGCCUGAAGUUCCUGGGCUUUGCGAGGAGAAACUGGGGAAAUGGAAAGCGACCGAACUUGGAAACCUAUUAUGAGCGUGUCUUGAAGAGAAAAACAUUUAACAAGGUUUUGGGACAUGUCAACAAUAUAUUAAUCUCUGCAGUGCUGCCAACUGCAUUCCGGGUGGCCAAGAAAAGGGCCCCGAAAGUUCUUGGCACCACCCUUGUGGUUGGUUUGCUUGCAGGAAUGGGAUAUUUUGCUUUUAUGCUUUUCAGAAAGAGACUUGGCAGCAUGCUAUUAGCGUUUAGACCUAGACCAAAUUAUUUCUAGGCUUUUACAGACCCAGUGGUGGAAGUUCAUCCAACCAUUCUGCUCUAUUCCUUGUCUACUCUUCCAGGCCCAGUGGGCAGCUAUUAAAAAACAUGAAGAAAAAAAAAUACAACAUACCUAAUUUACCUUACUCUUUGGGUUGCUUAUGUGGGGAAGAGAGGCAAUGAAGAUGUUUUUGUGAGCUGGUGACUUCUUUGCAAGCCUGAACUAAUCUAUUUUUAAACAUGGUUCUGACUAGGCUGACAGGGGUCAGGGCAGUUUUAACUCUGCGUGCCAGCUCCAGGCCUGACUGAUUUGGGGG